AAAUUCCACUUCUUCUUUAGGACCGUGUUAUGGAGUUGCUGAAUGGAGUAGAAACUCUAAUUUCGGGGCUUCAUCACCACCAUCGUACUAACGCAAAGAGAAACAGAGUAGCCAGAUCUGUCAAGAUCUUAAACUCAGGGAAUCAUCAAAUCCCCAGAAAGUGCCAGUGUUUUGAUCUUUACGACAAGUUGAUUCCAUACAAGAAAGCUUGGUCAUGGCAGAAGAUCAUCGUCGAGGAGAAAAAGACAUUGAUUGAUAGAAACCAAGACUGCCCCGAUACAGUGAUUUUAUUACAACACUCUCCUGUUUACACAAUGGGAACUGCUAGUGCAGAGGAUUAUCUCAAUUUCGACAUAAAGGAUGCUCCUUUCGAUGUUUAUCGAACUGAACGUGGUGGCGAAGUCACUUACCAUGGCCCUGGUCAGCUAGUUAUGUAUCCUAUAAUCAAUCUUCGAAAUCACGAGAUGGAUCUUCAUUGGUACCUCAGGAUGCUUGAAGAGAUUGUCAUCCGUGUGCUUUCCUCAAGUUUCUCCAUUAAAGCUUCUCGUCUUGACGGUUUAACUGGAGUUUGGGUUGGUAACCAAAAAGUGGCGGCGAUAGUUCCAUGUGGGAUUAAAGACCGAAAAGUUGGAAGCAUAAAGGGCUUGCUUGAAGAUGGAGAACACGGAAAGGUUGAUGAUUUGACGUUGAUUGAUGUAGCUCACGAGUCUUUACUAAAGGAAUUCUCUGAAGUUUUCCAGCUUCAAAUCGAAAAGCAAGCAGUUCCAGAUCCUAAAAUUCUGAAAGCUGAGCCUUUCAAGCGAUUGGAGUGCUCUAAGGAAGGCCAAGCCAAUGCGUUAAGAGAGAAAGUUUCCACAGUUAACCAGUUUGCUGAUGGAGAUCCAUGUGCUAAGGAUAUAAUGCCACCCUCUCCUCCUAAAUCUCCUUUUAUGAGCUCUUCACUCAAAGAAGCUCAUGAAGAUAGCAGAUUUAAAUGCUAUAAGGGUGUCCGAAAGAGGUCGUGGGGCAAGUGGGUGUCUGAAAUCAGAGUUCCAAAGACCGGAAGACGAAUAUGGCUAGGUUCAUACGAUGCUCCAGAGAAGGCAGCUCGAGCCUAUGAUGCUGCUUUGUUCUGUAUUAGGGGUGAGAAGGGAGUUUACAAUUUUCCCACUGAUAAAAAGCCGCAGCUUCCAGAAGGUUCUGUCCGGCCUCUGUCCAAGCUUGACAUACAGACAAUAGCAACAAACUAUGCUUCAUCAGUUGUGCAUGUACCUCCCCAUGCCACCACACUCCCGGUAACAGCCCAGGUUCCCUCUGAAGUUCCUGCUUCCCCUGAUGUUUCUGCUUCUACUGAGAUUACAGAGAUGGUAGAUGAAUAUUAUCUCCCAACUGAUGCAAGUGCAGAAUCAAUAUUCUCAGUAGAAGACUUGCAACUGGACAAUUUCCUCAUGAUGGACAUUGAUUGGAUAAACAAUCUAGUCUGAUGUGUAACGUCACUUGCAGUGACAUUUAGCUUUAAUAUUGUUGAACUACCAGUUACCUGUCUCUUUAUUUAGCAUCCUUGUCUUUGAACUUGUUUUGUUUAGCAUGCAUUUUGUUGUUCUUGUUUUGCAUGUGUAUUCUCUUUCUUUCUUUUUUCCCUCUCUACUGGACUUCAUGAGAUGUUGAAUAUGAAUGAAAUGAUUAGGAGUUG